AUGCAAACUGAUAAAAUUAACAAGCCUCCACCUAGACGAGCUCCCAAACUUGGACAACAUCCAACAAAUCGACGUGUUACUAUGGUGAGUGAAGAGUUUAAAUACUGUAUGUUCAUUUUUCGAGAAAAAAAUAUGAGAAUAAUAUAGGGUAUACUUAUUUUAGGUAUGAAACCUAUUAUUUACUACUCUUAGAAUUUUAUGAGCUUGAACUUGAAGCCUUCAAGAAAUUGGUUUCAAAUUUGUAUAGUUUUCCUCAUAUUUUUCUGAUAUUGAAGAAGCCUUCGGAAAAUUUAUUAGUUUUUUUUUUCAAUAAAAAUUUUUGACACUAGUUUUUGAUCUGAGAAAAUGAAUCAUGAGGUAAAUCUUAAUAGCUGGACUAGCUUUGGCAGGUAAAAUGGAGCUUUUAGGCGCGACUCCUAGCCAGAGUGGUUUUCUAGGCUCAGCUACUUAGAUAAUUACUAGGCUUUCUAGAUUCAGCCACUUGACAUAAAAGCUCGCAAGGCACCGUACUUUUAAAUUUAAACAAAGUAAUUUAGCUUGCGAAAAAAUUUCGACAUGUAAUUCCAGGUUCUGGUCAUUAAAACAAAGUUUCUGGUAUUUUUAUUCUCUUGAGAAAAUCUUUUCUGAAAUUCUGAGAAAAUUUCAAUUAUUUCAUUCUAGCAAAAUGAACCUGAAAUCAUUCAACCAAAUUUUUAUUUUUUGAUUUGAAAGUUCACAAAUUCCCUAUUUUCUAGACCCCGGAAAUUGAAAAGUUUCAAAAAAUUGAUGAACUCUUCAGAGAAAAAUUUAAUAUUAGCCGAACUCCGGGAAAAUCUUAUGAUUCACUGUAAAAUAUGAUCUGAAAAAGAUUUAGUUUGGAUUUGAAAGACUUCAGACUAAUCUUCAAAUCUUUUGAAAAUCUUCCUAAAUCUAAGAUAUAAAACUACGACAAAAUUUUUUCUUAGACUUGAAAUUAUUUGGUCUUUGAAAACUUUGAUUAUAUCUAUAUUUCAUAAUUUUUUCAAGCUUAAAAUUCAUAAAUUUAUAGUUUAAACUUUCUCUUUGCCCUUUUAGAACAUUAUGAAUAUUCAAAAAACCGGAAAUUCAAAUAUUUUCAUUGAAUCGAGGAAAAUUAUAAAAUUGCUCUUGAAUUCAACUUUAAGAAACUUGAAAUUUUUCGAUUGAACCUGAAUUUGAGGUUCAUAAAUGAGACAAUUUUCAAGGACACCUAAAAACAAAUUUAGAUUUGAUUCGAAUUCUGGCGCUAAAAAAUUCAAAACUUACUGUAAUUUCGCAGACUAAAAAUUCCUAGACCACAAAUUAAUUCAAAUUAAUCAUCUGAUAAUCUUCUGUCUCCCCAAAAGCACCAAAACAGAAAAUAAAAAUACAUUAAUACCGUACCCUGUCUCACUCUUUCUCAAUUUCCUCCCUCAUUUGAUUGAUGGCCCAUUUUCCCGCCAUUUUUUCGCUAAAAGCCCGACUUCCGGGCGCCGCCCUAAAAAUAACACCUUUUCAAAGUUUUAUUCGCUAUUUUUAGAAAAACACACAUACGCUAGAAAUAUCUAUUUAUGACGACGCUUUUUUCGAGUGAAAAAUUUAUCACUAAAAAUUUUUCGUGAAAGCAUCAAAAAUCUGUUGAAAUUUUAAUUUUCUGAAAAAAAAAUCAUGAAAUCGGAUUAGUCAGAUUUAUAAUUUUUUGAUGACAAAAAAAAGACAAAAACUAUCAGGCUUCCCAGGGAUUGCUCAUUUUAGUCUAGUUAAGGACAAUAAUUUAAAAAAAAUUAAAUUUCAUUUUCAAAUUCAUCUUAAACUGAUUUUUUAGGGUUCCUAGGGAUUGCUCAUUUUAGUGUAUUUCUGAUUUAACUUUUCUCAUCUAAAACGAGCUGAAAAUAAGGUCAUAUAUAAUUUUCAAUUUGAUCUUUGUCGUAUGAGAAAUAUUGAAAUAUCUAAAGUGCUAAAAACUUUGUCCAGCUCAGCUGCACUUAAUCAUUCCACCCUCAAACACACUUAUAUCUAUCUAUACAGCAUAAAAAUUCAUAUCACGAGAUUAUUUAGUAUAUUUAUUUUUUUCCAUAUAUUUCACUUUUUUUCAAAUUUCUUCUUUUUAUCCUUAUUGGUUUUUAGUCGAAAAAAUGUGUAAAGAAAGGUGUAAACAAGUUUAUGUAUAAAGCGUGGGUGAUAAAUUGAGCAUCGUGUCUGUCUGAAUAAAAUAAUAUUUUGUGGUCCGUCUUUUUUUUUCUAGUCAGUCAGAAAAUUUGGGAUGUUUGAACUAGAAAAUUAUUUAGGCUAAUAAUUCUGUAUCAAAGUAAUCGUCCAAAUUUUUUUUGGAUGAUCUCUAUAAAUCUGAUUUUCUAGAAUCUUUGCGUCUCUCACUUCUGUAAAUCUUUCGAUUUUCAGAUGUUUAAUUUCGCUCUGCGUCUCUAACCUCCCAGUUGUCUCUGUUUCUCUAAUGUUCUAGUUUUCUGGUUGCUCCGAGUCUCUUACUUUUCUUAACCUUCUGAUUAUCUAUCUAGUUUUCUAAUUUCUCUCACUUCUCGACUAUCUAACCUUCGAUCUCUAACUUUUUCCAAACUUCUCUAAAUUUCAAAACUUCUGAGAAUUCGCAGCUUGCAUAAAGAAUUGAUCCCCGUGGUCUCUUCAACAAGAUUCCAAGCAUUUAUCCACUUGACCACGCGAACAAUGUUUUUUUUUUCGUUUUUAGAGCAAUUAUUAUUCUACUCAUUUCUGAAAAAUCUCAUUUUUCAAGCAAUCGGUAAAUAGACAAAUAAUUAAUUUUCACGUGACCCAAAAAUUUAAUCAUUUGAAAAAAAAAACAUUUAAAAAUAAUAUUCAAAAUGUCUGCAGGUUCUCUCAACCGGUUCAUCCCUCGAUUCUGAAUCGAGCACCCGCCGUUCUCGUUCUCUGAACAUGCCAAUGAUGUACCAAAUGUACGAAAGUCAAUACGAUGAUCUACGUGGAACUGUUUACGGACCAUCAUCUCCAGAUUUUCAUCCAGUUCAAGCAUCGGAAAUUUUGCGAAAAUCUCUUCACGGAUUGGAAACCAAUGAUCAAAUGAUUAUCGACACGAUUUUGUUGCACAAUAAUUUUCAAAGACAAAAAAUAUUGAAUGCUUAUGAAGAUAUGUAUAAUCGAGUGAGUUUUGAGAAUAGACUUUGGGAUGAAUAUUUUAUGAGUGGAGAAGGUAGGGAGAUAAGAUAUCUCUAGAGAAGAAAAAAUGAAGCACGUGAUGAUAUUGAAAAAUUUAUGGAGAGAACUUUCUGGGCAGCAGGAAGAAAAUAGAAAAUAUACAAGAGAUGCAGAAAAAUUUUGUUAAAAGUUAUGAAAAUUUUCUGAAAAAUAGCUCUGAACCAAAGCUAUAGAGUUCCGAAAAUCAGGCAAAUUUAGCCUUGAAAAAUUCAAUGUUUCAAAAAAUAUUAAACCUUUUGUUUUCUCAUUUUUUUCUGAUUUUGUAAUUUAAAAAAACCAUUUUCAAAAAAAUUCCAUGAGAAAAUUAUUGGUUCAAAAAAACCUCAACAUUCUUUCGAUAACGAUUUUCGGCUCACAUGUCCAUAAUUUUUUUUUCAAAAGUCCCGAAUUUUUCAGAACUUGGUUGAUGAUCUCGAAGAAGAAACUGGCGGCUAUUUCUUGGAAAUGUGCCAAGCUCUUCUCAAACCAGCUCACAAUUACGACGCACAAAAUCUAUAUAAAUCAAUCUCAAAUCGAUAUGGUGACAGAUCAGUUGCAAUUGAAAUUGCUUGUACAAGAUCAGCGAGACAACUUCGAGUUAUUAAAGAAGCUUAUCAAACUGAUUAUCGAAAAAGUUUGGAGAAAGAGAUUAUUGUGAAAGUUGAGGGAGUUAUUGGAAAAAUGUUGUCACUUUUAUUGUGUAGCAAUCGAGAAGAUGGAUUGGGAAGAAAAAUUAAUGAUGAAUUGAUGGAAAAACAUGCACAGGUUAUUGCUACUGUAAGUUUAUCAGUUUCGGAAUUUUUAUUUUUAUGAAGAGCUUAGAAUUUUCAGUUUCUAAAAAUUAAAAAAAAAUGAAUCGACUGUACAAUGUACAUGCCCUCGAUUUUUCUGAAUUUUGACGAUGAUAUGAUAUUGAAGCAUCAUCUUAUCCGUAAAUUUGUUGAAACUCAUUUUUUAAAACCGUGAAAAAUUCAGAAAAUCAUUUUUUCUUGGUUGGAAAAUGAUAUUAUCUGCAAAAUUUCAGGAAAAAAAAUUGCAAAAAGUUUUACUGUUUCAAAAAUAUUCAUUAUUGAAUUUUUGAAAUUUUUCUGAUACCGAUACGCUUUUCGGUUUCUAAAAUUCCACUGUUUCAAAAAAUACAAUCAACUGAUUUCUGAAAUUUGAAAGUUUCGAUAUGAUCAUUUCGGUUUUUUUUUUUGAAAAAUCGAAAUCUUUAAAAUAUUUCCAACUUCUCUCUAGAAAAGUCAUACUUUUCAGACCCCUGUUGAAGAACUCGCCAAAAAUGUGCAACUCUUCGAAGAACUCUUCAUUGGUCAUUCCUGGAAACACAUUGGCACAGUUUUCGAUAGAGUUGAUGAACUUCGACAUGAAUCACAUGAUAUUGAAAAUACAAUUCGACGCAACAAAAAUAUUCACUCAGAAAUCAGACUUCUCUUGCUAACUAUUGGUAAUUUUUAUUUUUUUUAAUUUUGUGAGUUUUUUCUGAAUAAUUAUUUUUGUUGCAGUACGAGUCAGCCGAAAUACUCAACUGUAUUUCGCCGAAAAACUUCGCAACACAAUGACUGUCGAUCGUCCGGAUCAUUCAGCGAUUAUUCGAAUUUGCGUGACUCGAAGCGAGGUAAUUAAUAAAGAGGAAUUUCAACUAAUUAUCUAAUGAUAAUUCCAGAUCGAUCUCUAUGACAUUGCCGAAGAAUACAAGCGAAAAUACCAUCGCGCUUUGGACCAUGAUAUUUCUCAAACCUGCAGUGGUGAUUAUCUUCGCCUAGUUAGCUCGUUAAUUAAUGGGACCACUGGAAACAAUAAUGGAUUCAUCACACCUGAAAUUUAA